GGCGCGGCGCGGCGGUAGAUUCAAACGGCUCUGUAGCGGGCGGCGAUGGCGGCGCGCUCUGUGCCCUGGUUGCCGGACAGCCGCAGGGCCGAGCCGGGCUACAGAGAACAAAGACGUCAAAAGGUUGAAGAAUAUCUAUCAAGAAAAAAGACCUUUUCUGGUGUGCCCAUUCAAGAAAACGAAGCAUCCAUCAGUAGCAGAACAAGGAGAGCAACUAGCAGUAAACUGCAAGACAAAAUACAGCUUGCAACAUCUCCGGAGACAGAAAUGGAAAAUAAAGAGAAUGCUAAUGAACUGUCAUGGGACCAGUCAAGUGGACCCUCAGAAAAAAAUGUUAUUUUAAACUCUUCCACAGUCACACUGACAAAUUCCAAACUGGGGACAAACUAUACUCCUGAAGAACAUGCUUCCAAGUCCGAAGUUAAUGAAAUAAAAUCUCAGCAUGUGUCACUUACCAAGUGCUUCUUGCAAAUAAAAAGCAUAAAAGAGAAACGAUUAAUGGCAGAAAAACAAAGUUCAAGUGUCAGCCUACCAAAGAAACCAGUGCUUGGUACAUAUCGUGGCAAAGUUAUCCAGUCCAAGAUAAACUCCUUCCGAAAAGCACCAAAAAGUGAGGUGGGAAAGAGUUCUUUGCCAGACAAGAAGCUUCUUCCUUCUGCCACCAAACCAGCAGCAAGUUCCUUGUCCAUGAGCAGCUGCAGUGUAGCUCUGAAGACCAUCAAAGCCACAAAUAACCGUAAUUCUGUAAAACCGAAUGGUGUCCUCCCUGUCCAGAGCAAACCAUUUGACAAAGCUGCUGUAAACUCGCAGUCUGGUCUGAAGAAAAGGCAACUGGCAUCUGCUGUAGUGCCAGAGAAAGUAACACUCCAAAAAAUGAAUGGUGGAAGGGGGCCACAGCCACUGAAGGCUGCUUCUAACAAUCCUGACCGCAGAGUACUAGGAAUGAAGAACUGUGGAGAUUGUUGUGAAGAUGCAAGACCAGGAGUUCCAGCAAAACCGGUUUCUGUUGUUCCUGGUACAAAGUCGGGACAGAAUUCUAAAACUAAUGGCAACAGAAAAUCUGUUAUGUCAAAAGAGUCAGCAGAAGAGAGAAGAGCUCGCCUGGAUGAAUGGAGGGCAUCUAGAGGCAAAGUGAUGAGGAGACCUCCUAUAUCUCUGCUUCUGGGACCCCAGUCUAAAAGCGAAGAAGCUGGUGAUUCUUUAGAGCACAUAUUACACAAUGAAAAGGCCAACGAGACUCUCGCAGAAUGUCUGCAGUUAACUGAACAGGAAUGUCAAGGCGAUGAAGUACGUGCCAUGCUGGAAGGUCUGACAGAGAGCAUUCCUGAGGCUAAAAAGCUUGCAAAGUAUUGGAUCUGCUGUAUGCGUCUUGAACAGAUGGGCCCUCUUGAAAAGCUUAUUGCUGUCUAUGAGGAGGCCAUUUUGGCAGGAGCAGUGCCUAAAGAUGAACUGCGAAACACACUAAUAGAUAUCAUGAAAAAUACUGAAAGCCUUCUUAAGUCUGAGGAUGGGGGAACUGUGAUAGACACUCAUUUAAGCGAGGUAGUGGAAGUCAGCAAGGAACCAAAUCCAUCUGUAGAGCAGGUUCAGGAGGCCUCCAAGGAUAUCUGCUCUGAUGAUGACCAAAAAGCAGAGAGUGAUGACAAGAAGGCAGAGAUUAGCAGUGAAGUGAACAAAAAAGAGGAAAUGGAUUUAGACUCGAAACCAAGAGAAGAGAUCUUGCUGAAAAAGAAUAAAAAGCACAAGACUAAAGAACGUGCAAAAAAGAAAGGGAAAUGUGAAGCAGAAGAGAAGCAUGAGGAUGGGGUAAAAGAUAUAGUCCAAGCAGUUAAUUCUCCUCAGAAGGAGAAUGACACAUCUUCUAUAAUAAGAUGCAAUCCACCUACCACUCCAUACUUGGAAAGUGUGAAGAUGCACCAUGAGGCAAAUGACUCCAGUGCUAAAGACCUGAAACUUGUAACCCCUCUGCGAUAUUCUCAGCGCAUUAGAGAGAAGAUGUGCAAGCUGUCAGAUACAGUUAAAGAUCAAGAUCCAUCUGUCUCUUCAUUUGAACAGCCGGGAGAACUGGAAUCAAAAGCCACUGCAUUUAUCCACAAAGAGAGCAAUGUGAUUGAAGAAACAAGUGCUGAAGUAGAAGAGUAAAAGUAGCAUUAAUGCUACAUGAGGGUCAAAGAUUGGAUCCUUUUUAAGAAGAGUUGGGGGGAGUGUUUUGUUUUUAACAGCUUUGAGAGAGGAGCUACCUAAAACUUGCAUAGAUCACUUCAGAUGAAAUUUUACUGCCAGAGUCACAAAACUUUUGAAUUUAUAAGUUGCUGCCUUUUCAAAAUCUUAGUAAAUCUGGUCUGGUUUAGUACUCAUAAAUAUCAGUGUCUUCAUGUUAAAUAUGCUUCAUUAAAUAUUGAAUUAAGGACUAGGUGUAACACUUCAUAUAACGGGUCAUAGUAUAUUGCUAAUACCUACUCUUUCCCUAUUGUAAUUCCUAUAAAUUCUUUAGCAUUGCACAAUCUAACUUUUAGGUUAAGAAGCAAUAACAACAUAGUCAUUCCAAUAGGGCAAUGUCUGCUACAGCAACGUUUAGUUUUUGAAAACUGAAACCAGCUAGUAAGAUGUACACUAAAUUUAAACUGUUGUAUCCCUUAGCUAAGGUCUGAUACACUAAUUACUAUGUGACUGUUCUAAUGUUGGUUUGCAUUAGUCUGUAAUAUGGUAGACUUAUUAAACUAAUCAACUGAGUUA